AUACAAGUGCAGAUGAAGAAACUAAUAGGAAUAUGGAUUCUCCUCCAAAUAAACUUCCUUUAUGGAUGACCAAAGAGAGCAAAGCAGAUGUGGUGGAUGACAAAAAGAGGAAUCCAGUCCAUCGGAGCGUCUUGGAAGACGACCUUCCUUUCUUAGAAUUUCAUGGCUCCAUCGUCUACAGCUGUAAUGCCAGUGAUUGCUCUUUACUGUCUGAAGAUAUUAUUGCAACCUUGCCUGAUGGAGCUGUCCUGGGAUUUGACAUUGAAUGGACACCGUCCUAUACCAAAGGGAAGGAAGGGAAAGUUGCUUUAAUCCAGCUGUGCGAGUCUGAGAAAAAAUGUUACCUGUUUCACAUCUCAGCCAUGUCAAGCUUCCCUGUGGGACUGAAAAGGCUGCUUGAAGAUAAAAGAAUAAAAGAAGCUGGUGUUGGUAUCGAAGGAGAUAAAUGGAAGUUGAUGCGUGAUUUUGAAAUCCGAUUGGAGAGCAUCAUUGAGUUGGCUGACCUUGCAAAUGAAAAGCUAAAAUGUAAGGAGAUCUGGAGCUUGAACAACCUCGUAAAACAUCUGUUCCACAAACAGCUUCUGAAAGACAAUUUGAUCCGCUGUGGUAAUUGGGAACAAUUUCCGCUCACGGAGGAGCAGAGGCUGUAUGCAGCUACUGAUGCUUAUGCUGGGUUUCUCAUUUUUCAAAAAAUGGCAAAUAUGAAAAGUCUUAAGCAGAUGCAGCUGGGUCUAGAAGGAGACGGGAUACUUUUGCAGGGUGACAUAAAGAAGGAAUUAACUUCUUUAUCAGAAGAGAUGAUGGAUUUGGCCCAUCAUGUUCCAGACUCUUUUGGACAACCUGUCAAUGUUCAAAGAGCUGCGGAAAUAUUGACCAGUAUAUCAGAAAGCAUUGAGGCCUUAAGACGAGUGUUGGCUGAUGAGUCCAAUUGCCAAACGGAAAUGAGAAGUAUUGUAGAAUCAGGAACAGCAUGCGAAGAAAUAAAAAUGGAAACAGCUGGGCUGGAUUCAAAGACUACAUGCAAUGUCAGUGACUCCCUAGAUCAUAAACUAUCUGGUGUCCAAAAAGAAACCUUGACAGAAGGAGAACUUAAUAUGGAGAAACGAGUAGAUUGUGCUUCAGUUGGAGGCCCUAAAGAAACUGCAGAAAGAGACUGCUUAAUGUCACUGGACAUAACCGAGUAUGAACUUCAGAUGCUGGAGCGCCAGGCCCAAGAAGAGCUGCUAAAUGAAACGACUUAUACAUCGGAGGAUAUAAGCUUCGUAGAGGAUGAAGAGAAUUCUUCUUGCACCAUUGAAAGCGAUGAUGAAUUGGAAAUGGAGAUGGUUAAAUCGUUAGAAGGUGUGGACAAACACCACGCAGAGUUUGCAGACUCCCAGCUGGAUAAAACAAGGAGACCAAGUGAUGCUGUUGUAGAUGAUGAAGAUGAAGGCAUUGAGGAGGAAGAGGAAAGCUGGGACUCCUCCUUACCCGGACCAAAUGAUAAGCAAAUCAGUUGCCUAAAGAUCUAUUUUGGACAUUCAAAUUUUAAACCGGUCCAGUGGAAAGUGAUCUCUUCUGUUUUGCAAGACAGAAGAGAUAACCUCGUUGUUAUGGCAACUGGGUAUGGCAAGAGUUUGUGCUUUCAGUUUCCACCUGUCUACACCAGAGGUACUGGAAUAGUAAUAUCUCCCCUCAUUUCUUUAAUGGAGGACCAGGUACUACAACUUGAGAUGUCAGGAAUUCCAGCUUGCCUUCUCGGGUCAGCACAAUCGAAAAAUGUUCGAAGGGAAAUCAAAGCGGGCUGCUAUAGAGUCGUCUACAUAACGCCGGAGUUCUGCUUGGGGAACUUGUUGUGGCUUCAGGAACUCGAUCAAUCGAUUGGCUUGACUCUGAUAGCUGUCGAUGAAGCGCACUGCAUUUCCGAAUGGGGGCAUGACUUCAGGGAUUCUUUCAGGUCUUUGGGGUCCUUAAAGAAAACUCUUCCCCAGGUUCCUAUUGUUGCUCUCACUGCGACAGCAAGCCCUUCCAUUAGAGAGGACAUUGUUCGUUGCCUAAACCUAAAGGCUCCUCAGAUAACAUGCACUAGCUUUGAUCGGCCGAACCUGUACUUAGAAGUUGGACGGAAAACGGGAAACAUCAUUCAAGAUUUACAGCAGUUCCUAAUUCAAAAAGAAAAAUCCGCUUAUGAAUUCGAAGGUCCCACUAUUAUUUACUGCCCUUCAAGGAAGAUGACUGAACAGGUAGCUGCAGAGCUGUCCAAACUGAAACUGAUAUGCUGUACGUACCACGCCGGCAUGGGACUCAAAGCAAGGCGAAACGUCCACCAUAGUUUCAUGAGAGACGAGAUUCAGUGUGUAGUAGCUACUGUAGCCUUUGGAAUGGGCAUCAAUAAACCGGACAUCCGGAAAGUUAUCCAUUACGGUGCCCCGAAGGAGAUGGAAUCAUACUACCAGGAAAUUGGAAGGGCUGGUCGUGAUGGGCUCCCGGCCUCUUGCUGCGUGUUGUGGACCUCCGCUGACAUGGCUCUGAACAGACACAUACUCAGCGAGAUACGCAACGAAAGAUUUCGCAUGUACAAACUCAAGAUGAUGGCCAAGGUCAACACGUAUCUUAGUUCAAUCAGCUGCCGGCGGAAAAUCAUCAUGUCUCAUUUUGAAGACAAACAACUCCGAAAGGCCUCGUCUGGCAUCAUGGGAACAGAAAAAUGUUGCGAUAAUUGCAGAUCCAGGAACAUUCGCUGUAUCUACGAGGUUGACACAGAAGACAGUUUACAAGAUUUCGGUCCGCAGGCUUACCUACUGAUGUCUGCAGUAUGUGCCUUAAACGAGAAAUUUGGCAUGGUAGUUCCAAUCCUGUUUCUCAGAGGAUCUAAUUCUCAACGCCUGCCAGACAGAUACCGAACCGAUCAUCGUUUUGGCAGCGGGAGGGAUUGGCCAGAAACCUCGUGGAAGGCGCUGGGCCGGCGGCUUAUUGUGGAAGGCUUUCUGAAAGAGGUUUCUGGGCAAAGCAAAUUUUCGACCACAUGCAAGCUGACUCAGAUGGGGAACGACUGGUUUUGUAAAGCUAGAAGUGAAUCAGAACGAAAGCUUCUGCUUCAACCCGAUGAGGAACUUUAUGUAAAGAAACCUAGUGUCAGUUCUAAACAAAUGCCUUCAGCUGCAGGGCAUUCCUCUGACGCAUCUAAGUGGAUGGUGAAAAAGCAGACAUCUUUGCACGAAAUGUUCUCUUAUCGAGAAGGAACUAAAAUCUCUAGAGGGAGUUCGCUUCCGAAUACAAGCGCCACAGUGCAGACACCCACUAAACUACUCCCUGUGCCCCUGAACCCUACAGAAUCUGUUAUAUCGCCGAGGGAGAAGGAAUUGCAGACAGUUCUUUAUGGCAAGUUAGUGACAGCCAGGCAAAAACUAGCCAGUGAGAAGGACAUCCCGCCUGCCAUUUUAGCAACGAACAAAGUGCUGGUAGAUUUGACUCUGAUAAGGCCUACAACUUUAGAAAACAUGAAGAGAGUUGACGGCGUUUCUGAAGCAAAAUCCGCCAUGUUGGUUCCGCUCGUGAGCAUGAUCAAGGAAUUCUGUCAAGCCAAUAAUCUCCAGUCAGACGUCUUCAAAUCUUGUGAAUCCAGGGCUCAGCCUCAAAUUGCCCUUCAGUCGGACGGGGGAUGCAGCACUUUAACACAAUCGGAGCACAUAACGUAUACGCUUUUCCAGCAAAAGAAUAUGCCAUUGAGGAGUGUAAGUGAGAAGCGAUCUUUACCCCUUACGGUGGUUGGCACUCAUUUAUCCCAAGCUCUGAAAGCUGGCUACCCGGUAGAUUUAGAACGUGCGGGUCUGACUCCUGGGAUACAAGAGCUGAUCACGAAAGUCAUCCGAAACCCUCCCAUCAAUUCAGACAUAACAAGGAUGAAAGACAUCAGAGCCUUAGUCCCUGCAAAGGUCGAGCUGUACCUUAUAAGGAUGACCAUUGCACUUCUGGAGAGAGGGUCCGGGAGUCAGUCGUUGGGCCCCCAGAAAGACUCAGAGCAACAAAGGCUACCUCAAGAGUCAGGAUGGCUGCAGUCAAGGACGGGAUCCUCACAGAAGAACGAAGAGAAGAUUGUGUGGAUUGAAGCCAAGGCAAAGAGCGGCAGCGAAGAGCCAUUCCCUAACGCCAAGCAGGAGGCUGAGAGCCAUCAGAGCUCUAUCAAAUUGGCAUCCUGGAAUCAGCCUUUACUCAACCCUGAGGAGGAAGACCUCUUUACAGAUUCCCAGUCACAGAUCUUAAGUCAGCCUUCAAAAAGGAAGCUACCAGAAUGGUUUGGAACUUCUCAGGGAACUGUUCCUCAUGUUAAUACCUCCAAAAAAUCUAAGGGAGGAGGAAGCAAAGGUCUCUUUGGCUGA